UUACAGCUCGUGCGUUAGUUUUAAUUCAUUUAAAAUGACGUAAGCGUAAUCUGUUAGAACAGUGAGCUAUUUUCGUGAUGAAUCUCCAACAUCGACGUUGUGGUCGCCUAAAUAAUUACGGUGGAAGGAAAACAGUGGCAUCAAGCGAAUCCACAGAAAAAUUUCAGUGAAUCUGAUAUAUCUUAGUGAUAUGUACGUAAAUGCUUCUAAACUGCCUGAAAAUCUCGCACUAAAAUAAUCACCCACGUGAACUUUAUUUCUCUGAAUAAAUCUGAUGUCUCCAAGUGGGCUGCCAUCGAGCAGACUUCAAGCCGGAAGUAGCUUGCUCGCGUUUGCAGGGAAAGUCGUGCCUCAGCAUCGCUUUUAUCUGGAUUUCAAUCACAAGGCCAAGAAAUUUGAGACAGUUCUUGCAAGUAACAUUAUUGUGGUGAAACUGUCGAAAAUGGACAACGUAGAAGAACUUAUGGCAACCUUCUCGAUGGUUAUUGGGUUAGUGGUCGCUACCUUCUUCCUGAACACUGGUCGUGGCUUACAAGCCGUGAUGUUAGGCGAAGAAUGUUUGAACUUUUUAAAAUCUGACGAGCUUGAAUCGAAGACCCGUUUUCGACUUAUCAUGAAAAUCUAUACGCUAAUGUUCAAGGCGGCUUGCAUGGCUUCCAAUCACACAUCUGCAGAAAGAUAUGCCAAGGAACUUCUUGAUAUGUGCCAUGCCUCUGGUGACACAAUUGAAGAAGGAAAAAUAACUUUAACACUGGGAAAGAUAUAUGAGAGCCAAAAUGAGUUUGAAAAGGCAAAACAAUAUUAUCAGAAGGCAAUUGAUGUGACAGAAUAUACGGCUGACAAACAAACGAGGGGAAAAUGUUACUUUGCGAUGGGACAUUUAUCUUAUUCGCGUAGUGAAUAUCACAAAGCUAAGAAGUAUUUCGAGAACGCACUG